UCUUUUGCACUGCAUUGCUUUUCUGCUUUGUUUCGUUUACCAAAAGGAACGAUGUCGCCAGCUUCAUUUAACUUUAGCGAUGCCAAAGACAGAUUUAUGAGCGCUACCCGAGCUGCGCUGGAAAAUAAGAACAACAAAGCUUUAAUAAACGUCUUUGCCCAUCUCCCUGGAAGCGAAACGGAAAAGAAAACAAACCUAGACCAAGCGUUCCGAAGUGUUCUUGAAGAGGAAAUUGUAAAGCAGACUGCUAGUUGUGAAGAUUUCUUGGGUCUUAUCUACAGAAGUAUUGAUGGAGUGACUGAAGGUAUUUGUUCAGCCACAACACCUUUCUUGCUUCUUGGGGAUGUUCUGGACUGUCUUCCUUUGGAUCAGUGUGAUAAGAUCUUUACAUUUGUUGAGGAAAAUGUUUCAACAUGGAAAUCUAAUUCAUUUUAUGCAGCAGGAAAAAAUUACCUUUUACGAAUGUGCAAUGAUCUUCUUAGAAGACUAUCAAAAUCCCAAAAUACCGUCUUCUGUGGCAGGAUUCAGUUGUUUCUCGCCAGAUUAUUUCCACUCUCUGAGAAAUCGGGCCUUAACUUGCAGAGUCAAUUUAACCUUGACAAUAUCACUGUUUUUAAUAAAAAUGAACAAGACAGUACUUUGGGUCAAAAACACAUUGAGGAAAAAGAUGACAAUAUGGAGGAAGGCGAGAUGGGAGAUGAUGAAACACCUACAACCAGUUCAAUACCAAUAGACUAUAAUCUAUACAGAAAGUUUUGGACAUUGCAGGACUAUUUCAGGAAUCCUAUGCAGUGCUAUGACAAAUUCUCCUGGAUGACAUUUCUUAAGUACUCUGAUGAGACCCUGGCUGUGUUUAAAAGCUAUAAAUUGGAUGAUACUCAGGCUUCCAGAAAAAAGUUAGAGGAAUUGAAAACUGCAGGAGGGGAACAUAUUUAUUUUGCCAAAUUCCUAACUAGUGAAAAGUUAAUGGAUCUACAGCUAAGUGACAGCAAUUUCAGACGGCAUAUACUAGUUCAGUACCUUAUUCUAUUCCAGUAUCUAAAGGGGCAAGUUAAAUUCAAAAGUUCAAGCAGUGUUCUGACGGAUGAGCAAUCUUUAUGGAUGGAAGACACAACAAAACUCGUCUACCAGCUGCUUAAGGAAACUCCUCCAGAUGGUGAUAAAUUUGCAGCUGUAGUAGAGCACAUAUUAAACACAGAAGAGAACUGGAAUGCAUGGAAAAAUGAAGGUUGCCCAAGCUUUGUAAAAGAAAGGCCUGUAGAAACCAAACCAAUUCGACCUGCACGAAAACGCCCUGUACCAGAGGACUUCUUAAGUAAAGGUCCUGAUAGGAAAGUUUUGAUGGGGAACAGUGAAGAGUUGACUCGGCUGUGGAAUCUUAAUAACGAUAAUAUGGAAGCAUGCAAAUCAGAAUCCAGAGAGUUUAUGCCAAGUUUAGAAGAAUUCUUUGAGGAAGCUAUUGAACAGGCUGAUCCAGCGAACAUGGUUGAAGAGAAAUACAAGGUUGUAAAUAAUUCAAACUAUGGUUGGAGAGCUUUGAGACUUCUGGCACGUAGAAGUCCUCAUUUUUUCCAGCCUACUAAUCAGCAGUUCAAAAGCCUUCCUGAAUACUUGGAGAAUAUGGUCAUCAAGCUAGCAAAAGAGUUACCUCCUCCAUCUGAAGAGAUAAAGACUGGUGAAGAGGAUGAGGACAAUGAUGAUACCCUGCUUAAAGAGAACAAUGAGAGUCCGGAUGUACAGCAUCACAAGUCAGUGACGGGCCAGCAGAUUGAGGCUGUAGCCAACAAACUAGGAGAUCAGUGGAAGGCUCUGGCACGUCAUAUGGAGCUGAAGGACAUGGACAUCCGAGAGAUUGAAUCUGACAGCGAUGAUGUGAACAUGCGUGCCAAACUGUUACUGGUGUUGUGGCAAGAUCGAGAAGGAAAUCAGGCCACGGUAGAAAAUUUGGUUUUGGCUCUGAACAGCGCUGGCUUUGCUGAGAUUGCAGAGAGCCUCAACGACACAUAAAUAUUGAAACGGCACAAUAUAUUUUUGUAUAGAUUGUUAUAAUUCAGUCUAUUUGUAAAAUGUACAAUUUGUGAUUUAAUAUUUUUUUCAUUUUUGUGAUAAAUAAAUUUUUGGGAU